AUGGAUACUAACUCUCAGACUCUGUGCACACUGCAGGCGGCAUGCGAGUGUGUGUGGGACCUGGAAAGCGACAGAUGUGUAGAUCCGUCACUGCAGAUAGAACACAGGAUCCCAAACAUCGUCACAAGUGGCCCAUCAGGCUCCAAACCCAACAAGCUUGGGUGGCAAACUCAAGGGAUAGGCAGCUUCAGAUCCAGAGUUGAUAUUGAAGUAAAACUGUCCCACCUCACCAUCAGCCCUCUUGUUCUUGCCCUCCCAGACACCUCCUCUGCAUCGGAAGACGAAGGUUCGCUGCGCCGGCAGGGACGGAUCGCCUCCUCGUCUCCAUACCAGGCACAUCCUAGCGUAGAGCACUGGUUCAACAGAGUCAUCCAGGGCUCCUCCACCUCAUCGUCCGCAUCCUCCACCUCCUCCCACCCGGAGAAGACCCCCAUCACGCCACAAACACCACCUCUGCCCCGGCGGCCACCGCAGCAUGAGUCCAGCUGCCUCAAUCAGAGUCAAGGAGUCUUUGAUGCUCUGGGUCAGGUGUCUCUACUGAGCACGCUCAGCGUUUCAGUCAACAGUCGAGUGUCCUCUAAGAUUCAGCAGCUCCUAAACACUCUAAGGCCAAAGAGACCCCCUUUACGAGAGUUCUUUGUUGAUGAUUUUGAGGAACUUUUGGACGUCCAGCAUCCAGAUCCAAACCAGCCGAAGCCCGAGGGGGGUGAGAUGAGACCCCUGAAUGGGGAGCCUCUGGGGGUGGUCACUAACUGGCCUCCGUCGUUACUGGCCUCUUUACAGCGCUGGGGCACCACGCAACCCAAGAGCCCCUGCCUCACCGCACUGGACAAUGCCGGAAAACCCGUCUAUACAUUAACAUACGGGAAGUUGUGGGCGUUGAGUCAGAAACUUGCCUAUACGCUGCUGAACAAACUGAGCACCAGGAAUGAACCACUGCUGCGGCCUGGAGACAGAGUUGCACUUGUGUUUCCCAACAAUGAUCCUGUGAUGUUUAUGGUGGUUUAUGGAUGCCUUCUGGCGGAGCUGGUGCCUGUGCCCAUAGAGGUGCCACUCACUAGAAAGGAUGCAGGCAGUCAGCAGGUGGGGUUUCUGUUGGGCAGCUGUGGGGUCACUCUGGCCCUGACCACUGAUGCCUGUCAGAAGGGUCUGCCCAAAGCACAGACCGGAGAAGUUGUCACUUUUAAGGGCUGGCCACGGCUGCUGUGGUUCGUCACUGACGGAAAGCAUGUGGUAAAGCCUCCUAAAGACUGGCAUCCUCCAUUAAGAGACGCUAGCAACGAGAUUGCAUACAUAGAGUAUAAGACCAGUAAGGAGGGCAGCACUAUGGGCAUCACGGUGUCUCACUCUGCUAUGCUGGCUCACUGUCAUGCUCUCACACAGGCCUGCGGAUACACAGAGGGUGAAAUUAUAACAAAUGUUUUGGACUUCAAGCGAGAUGCUGGUCUGUGGCACGGGGUCCUCACGAGUGUGAUGAACCGAAUGCACGUGAUCAGCAUCCCGUGCUCGCUGAUGAAGGUCAACCCUCUCUCCUGGAUCCAGAAAGUCCACACCUAUAAAGCGCGUGUAGCAGUGGUGAAAUCCAGGGACAUGCACUGGUCACUUUUAGCGCAGCGGGAUCAGAGAGACAUCAGUCUCAGUUCUCUCCGCAUGCUCAUCGUUGCUGAUGGAGCAAACCCAUGGUCUAUUUCGUCCUGCGAUGCCUUCCUCAACGUCUUUCAGGCCCGUGGUCUUCGGCCAGAGGUGAUCUGCCCAUGUGCAAGUUCUUCCGAGGCCAUGACUGUCGCCAUCCGCAGGCCUCCAGAGAUGGGUGUUCCUCCUCCGGGUAAGGCAGUGCUGUCCAUGAGCGGUCUGAGUUAUGGGGUGAUUCAGUAGACACAGGAGAAGCUCUCCGUGCUCACUGUCCAGGAUGUAGGACAGGUCAUGCCUGGAGCGCUGGUGUGUGUGAUCCGGGUGGAGGGCACGCCAUACCUGUGUCGAACGGAUGAGGUUGGAGAAAUCUGUGUGAGCUCCAGCAGUACAGGAAUCUCCUACUAUGGUCUGCCAGGCAUGACCAAGAAUGUUUUUGAGACCAUUCCCGUGACGUCAUCAGGAGCUCCAAUCAGUGACAGACCCUAUACACGCACAUCUCUCCUGGGAUUCAUCGGGCCGGAUAAUCUGGUGUUUGUGGUGGGAAAGAUGGAUGGCUUGAUGGUGGUGAGCGGCCGGAGACAUAACGCAGAUGACGUGGUGGCCACAGCGCUGGCCGUGGAGCCCAUGAAGUUUGUGUACAGAGGAAGGAUUGCGGUUUUCUCUGUAUCUGUGCUGCAUGACGAACGCAUUGUUGUGGUGGCAGAACAGAGACCAGACGCCUCGGAGGAGGAUAGCUUCCAGUGGAUGAGUCGUGUGCUGCAGGCUAUCGACAGCAUCCAUCAGGUGGGAGUGUACUGCCUGGCUCUGGUGCCUAACACACUACCCAAAGCUCCUCUGGGCGGCAUCCACAUCUCAGAGACCAAACAGCGCUUCCUGGAGGGAGCCCUGCACCCCUGCAACGUCCUCAUGUGCCCCCAUACCUGCGUCACCAACCUUCCCAAACCUAGACAGAAGCAGCCGGGUACAGAGGUGGGUCCUGCUUCCAUGAUUGUUGGAAACCUAGUGGCUGGAAAGAGGAUUGCACAGGCCUGUGGGAGAGAUGUUUCACAGCUGGAGGACAAUGAUCAGUUCCUGUACAUGCAGGAUGUUCUUCAGUGGAGAGCUCAGGCCACACCAGAUCACCCCCUGUUUCUGCUGCUCAACGCCAAGGGUACCGUGGCCAACACAGCCUCCUGUGUACAGCUGCACAAGCGGGCAGAGCGCGGCGGAGCGCUGAUGGAAAGGGGUCGGCUUAACACUGGAGAUCACGUAGCACUUGUUUAUCCUCCUGGGAUUGAUCUGAUCGCCACUUUCUAUGGCUGUCUGUACGCCGGCUGUGUUCCGGUCACCGUCAGGCCUCCACACCCGCAGAACCUAACCACAACCCUGCCAACCGUUAAAAUGAUUGUUGAGGUCAGUAAGUCUGUAUGUAUUCUGACGACUCAAGCAAUAAUGAAACUACUGAAAUCCAAAGAGGCGGCAGCUGCUGUAGAUAUUAAAACGUGGCCAUUGAUACUGGACACAGAUGAUCUCCCAAGAAAGAGAAUCCCCCAGAUCUACAAACCUCCCACCCCAGAGAUGCUCGCCUACCUGGACUUCAGUGUUUCUACCACAGGAAUCCUUGCUGGGGUCAAGAUGUCCCAUGCUGCCACCAGUGCCUUGUGUCGCUCUAUCAAGCUGCAGUGUGAGCUGUACCCCUCUCGACAGAUCGCCAUCUGUCUGGACCCUUACUGUGGCCUGGGCUUUGCCCUCUGGUGUCUCUGCAGUGUGUACUCCGGCCAUCAGUCUAUUUUGGUUCCUCCCCUGGAGCUGGAGAGCAAUCCGUCUCUGUGGCUUUCUGCUGUCAGUCAGUAUAAAGUACGAGUGACGUUCUGUUCGUAUUCGGUGAUGGAGAUGUGUACCAAAGGCCUGGGCUCCCAGACCGAAGCUCUGCGGUUGAGGAAUGUGAAUCUGUCGUGUGUACGGACCUGUAUGGUGGUGGCUGAAGAACGUCCUCGCAUCACACUCACACAGUCUUUCUCCAAGAUCUUCAAAGAUCUGGGGCUCUCCUCGCGGGCCGUCAGCACCACCUUCGGCUGCAGGGUCAAUGUGGCCAUUUGUCUUCAGCCCAACAGGCUGGGCAAGUUGGCUGAGCAGGGCACCGCUGGGCCGGAUCCUACCACAGUAUAUCUAGACAUGAGGGCUCUGCGACAUGACAGGGUUCGAUUAGUUGAGAGAGGAUCGCCGCACAGUUUGCCACUGAUGGAAUCUGGGAAGAUUCUGCCUGGGGUGAAAGUUAUAAUUGCCAACACGGAGACCAAAGGACCUUUAGGAGAUUCUCAUCUGGGAGAAAUCUGGGUGAGCAGCCCCCAUAAUGCCACAGGAUACUACACGGUUUAUGGUGAAGAGGCGCUGCACGCUGACCACUUCAGCACCAGACUGAGCUUCGGUGACACGCAGACGGUUUGGGCUCGCACUGGAUAUCUCGGCUUCCUGCGGCGCACAGAACUCACAGAUGCCAGCGGAGAGCGGCAUGAUGCCUUGUACGUGGUGGGUUCUCUAGAUGAGACUCUGGAGCUGCGAGGAAUGCGCUACCAUCCCAUUGAUAUUGAAACAUCUGUCAUAAGGUCCCAUAAGAGCAUUGCGGAGUGUGCUGUGUUCACGUGGACAAAUCUCCUGGUGGUGGUGGUGGAGCUUGAGGGGUCGGAACAGGAAGCCCUGGAUCUUGUUGCUCUGGUGACCAACGUUGUUCUGGAAGAGCACUAUCUCAUAGUGGGGGUGGUUGUGGUGGUGGACCCUGGAGUCAUUCCUAUCAACUCCAGAGGAGAGAAGCAGCGCAUGCACUUGCGAGACGGCUUCCUCGCGGACCAGCUGGACCCUAUAUAUGUGGCCUACAACAUGUGAGAAUGUGUAACACGGAGAAGAAACCAGAUGCCAGGAAUAUCUGCAUAUGCAAAUUUACAAAGGAAGCGUCAGGGGGGAAGUUCAGACAUGCUUGCCUCUUCCUCCACAGACAUGAAGAGUCCUUGAUGGAGCUAUGCAGUUUAUUUUUUUAUAUCAAACUGUCAGAAUGCCUUGCAAAUAAAACUCUGAUUCAGUGGUCAGGGCAAAUGACUUGAUUUCAUCUCCUGUUUUACUUGUGUGACACAAAGUUCAUUUUUUAUUCAAGCACACUUGUCCUGCACAUGACACAUGCGUGCUGAAUGUUCCCCUGUGUGUGAGGAGGACCGGCCCAAAAGGGGCAAUGGAGUGCCUGAUGUCAAAACAAGAUACAGACUGCAGGACUACGCCUUUGUAAUUUCAAGGGCAUGUGAAAAUGUGUAACGCACUUCAUUUCAAUGCAUUACUACCGCCUUCGUUGUAGCUGUAAAAAUGCACAAACCAGUUUUUGUUUGGUUUGUUCUCUUUUCACACCAACGCCGAUUUUUGGUAAAUGUUUAAUCUGGAGACCAAAUGGCAAUAAGGAUGGAUGUGAGAUGGAGAUAUGGAAGUCUUUGCAAGAAAGCAGUCCUGAAGGUGUGCUGUGGAUAUGCUGCUCCAUAAAUUCACAAGCUUAUGCAUUCCCUGCCUUAAAUGUUUCCCCCAAUUCUUUGUUAAAUAUUUCAUUCAUUCAUUAGACUGUGCAGGACAGGAAUCAGGGUAAUAACGGUGAAUAGAUGAAGAGUCUUAUUCAGGUAACCAAGUCCCAAUCUGAAAAAUAUUUCUGCUCAAAUUUACAUUAUUAUCAGCAUUUCAAGUUUGAACUAUUUUUUAGAGUAUGGCAUCACCGUUCAUGGCUAGAUUAUCUUAUAUUCCUGCAGAUGAAUGUAUAGGUGACAUUUUAGUCUCCUGCAUAUUACAGAUUGAAAAGAAAUUAGCCUUUUCCAUUAAUUCAUUAAAAAAUGCCAAACAGAUGGGAUCGCUAUUUCAGGAAAAAAUGACCACUGCAGGUGAGGGCUUUUAUUCUUCUGUUCAUUACUGUUGUAAAGUGUGAUAUGUGCUUGUAUUUUUCAGACGCACUGUACACUGCAUUGGCCAGCACUGUAAAAACCACUUUUAACAAUGCUUGCUCUUUUAUUGUGUUCAUUACGUAAAUGACAGGCAGUAUGCCUGCUGUAAUUAUGUACAGAAUUUGUGUAAUAAGUUAUUACUGGGACACCAGAAAACUACAACUACUUUUGGCAUGGUUUUGCAGUGGCAUGGAGGAAACCAGAUGCUGCUCAAAUCGAAGCUUAAUUUCACAAACAGUAAGGGGAACAACAUGAGACACUAUUCAUGUAAUAUUUUAUAUUGCAAGAAGCAAGAAGUGGUUUUGCUGCGAGGAUUGUAAAGCACAUACAGCAUCUGUAUUGCAGGAUGGUCGUGUGACUGUUAGUGUUCUUUUUUUUUGCAGUUCUGUCAUUUAGUAAAUAUUUGGUUGAAACAGCUUUUGACUUAUGUUAAUAUUUCUUAAUAAACCCAUGCUUUUAAAUUA